AGACUUGCUUAUCCAGUGUACUUUCUAGAAAAACUUGUAGAUAAUUUUCAAGGAAGCAAGCUCAUCACAUCAUAUGACAUCGCUUGUAAGCUAAAUAAACAUUUGCAGGCAAGUUUUCAAAAAUUUGUAAAGAAAUGAAGCCUGAAACUAGACAAGAUAUGCUGUCAGAUGGACUUCUACAUUUUAGUGAGAGAAAAAAGAAGAAUAUAGGCCACUCUUUAGUUGCACGGUUCGGAAGAGCAACUGUAGUCAAAGAAACUGCCAUCAAAUCUUUGGCAGAGUUACAACAGCUUCACCCAGACAUAAACAAAGAAAUUAUAUCAAAAUGGACUAAAGAAGAAGUUGAAUCUGUUCAAAAGGAUAUAAGCAUGAAAAAAUCUGCAAAGAAGGAUUCAUUUUUGCUAAUACAGAACUUUGCUAUUGAGCGUCAUUUUUUGAAGGAGCAGAUCAGGAAAUAUGCAAGAGGCCAAUCAAUUGCUAAGAGAAUUAGCAGACAACUUUCCACAAACGCUAAGAAACUGCAAAAAGCUAUAGAUGAUCACAACAAAUCAGAACUAAUUCCAGUUACUUUUAAUCAAGUUAUAAAUUUAUCUGAUUCUUCAUGGGUUCAAAAUUAUGGGAUAGAGCUUUUAAAAAGGCAAACAAUUGAUUUAAAUAAUAUUAUUUUAAGAUGUCAUGAAGAAGAUGAAUUGAUUAAAAAAGAAAUGAUUUCUGUUUUAAAUUUUUAUGAACUUCAAAUUAAUCACAUAAAUAAAGCUUGUAGAAUAAUCAUUACAAAAUUUCGACCAAGACUUUUUCUUGACAUGUUUAGAUUAAAAUUGUACUUUAAUUUUCUUCUUGAUUUAUUUACACCCUUUCUAUCUGAUCUUAAAUUUUCCAAAUUUGCUGUUGUUAAUGAACAUGAUUUUGUUAAUUUUGAAAAUAGUGAAGAUAUUUUAAGUAUAGACUCAGGUGAGGUAGAUGCCAAUAGUUCAAUGAUUGAAGAUGAGGAUGAUGAAGAUACUGAAGUUUAAUUUACAAUGUUGUUUUACUAUAACUUUUUGCUGCUGUAUUAGCUUAGUCAUAUUAGCCUUUUAAAAAUUUUAACCUAUUUUAUAGGUUAGAUCUGUAUUAUAUAUGGUUGGUUUUCUUACCCUACGUUAUAAAUACUUUUAAGGCAUGUAUGUGUUCUAGCCCAAUAAGACAAUAGGUUGCUUUAACAGCCUACCAUUAUUUUAAUUAAAUAGUUUUUGUUAGUUUUUACACCAAUCAAUACAUUGUCUUGAUUGGUAUAGAAUUUUUUUAAACACAUUAUGUUUGUUAAGUUUGAAACAUGCAUAAUGAUAAGCUCUUACCAGUCUUGAUGCAAUUUUUUAGUCUAACAGAUUAUGUACAAAUGAGUGUCAUAUGUGAUACAAAUUUAAUAACAAAAAAUUUUAUGCCCAACAAACUGUUUUUAUUUUAAUGAAGACCUACUUCCACUGCUGCUAUUAUAAUUAAAAUUUCCAUUUGAAUUUUAUG